AUGUCUACCAAACGAUUUGAACAGCCUUGCCCUGAGUCCUCUGCACUCAGCAAGCUCAUCGAAUCUGCAUCUGCAUCUGGCAACCCUUUCUCAGCAACCACCCUCCAAAUCCUGCACAAUCUCCAACACCAACACCUCUGGACCUCGCUGCAAAUCCACGACAUUUCUGCUCCAUCAGAUGCUACAGACACUACUCCCAAAUUCCCAAUUGCCACUUCGCCAGAUGACACAGCACCAACUCUGAUCUCCGGCAUCCCUCCGCACCGCGUGUACACUCAUCCGGACGAGCAACUUUACAUGCUAGAACAGGGACUCCGCGAAGAUGACCUCAAGCCGGAACGAUUUUUCGUGAUCCCCACGGCACAGGGUCAGCAAUGGAGUCUGCGUCGCAUGGCUGCCGUCUUUGACGCCAUGUCGGAGGUCCAGCCAGUUGAGACGCCAAUGGUUGAGAAGGAUAAUGGCAAGGCGAAGCAAUUGGCGAAGUACUAUGAGAGGAGAGAGAAGGCCCACGAGACAAAGGAAUGGGGUGGAAAGAGGGUUCUACUGGCGAUGGUGGAUAAGGGUAUGGGCGGAGAGGGCACGGUGGUGUACUACGUUGUGCAAGAGGGCGAGGUGAAGCCGCGCCAGAACUGA